UAAACUGUCUGGACGUCCAUGUCGAGAAACAUCCGGACCGAGUGGCUCUGAUCUGGGAGCGAGACGAGCCGGGCACAGAGGUGAAGGUCACGUACAGAGAGCUGCUGGAGACCACCUGCCGCCUCGCCAACACCCUCAAAAGCCACGGCGUCCAGAAGGGGGACCGCGUGGCCAUCUAUAUGCCCGUGUCGCCACUGGCGGUGGCAGCCAUGCUGGCGUGCGCCCGUAUCGGGGCGGUGCACACAGUGGUGUUUGCCGGCUUCAGCUCGGAGGCUCUGGCAGGGAGGAUCCAGGACG